AUGCUUUGGGGAACGCUUGUCCUUUCGCCAUCAGAUGUUACAGAUGUUACAAGAGAACAAGAAGAUGAAAGCCGUCAAGUCUUUCACAUGGCUAAAAUGAUUCGAAAGCUGGUAGGCAACAUGAAGCCAACAAUGGCAUGGCCACCGUCAUCAGAGGAUCUAGACUGUGAGAACGCCAUAGUACCCGAUCUGCUCUAUAAUAUGAUGGCGUGGAUUCUAUCUUCACAGUCGGGAUAUUCUGUUGAAAGAGUUUCGAACCUCCCGCCAAACGUCCAUCGCCUCGUCCUCUCUCUUUGUCAGGAUUUGAUACAUUCUGUCAGUCGUGGACGCGUAAAAACUCCAAAACAUGUCGUCCUUACCAUGACUGUAAAGAGCCUUACAGGAAACGUCGAAUUAAUAACCAUUCUGAACAGGUUUGGACAUGGCUUAUCAUACUCCCAAGUAGAGGAAGUAGAGACAGCUCUGGCCGAGACGCAGAUUGCAAAGCAACAGAAUGGUGUCUUUGUACCAAGUGCUUGCCACCCUAAUGUAUUAGGUGUAUUGUGCUGGGAUAACAAUGACCUACAAGAAGAAACCUUGUCUGGUAAAUUGUCCGACCUUUUAUAUACUUUUUUUUUCAGUCUAUCUGAAUAGUUUUCUAAUCCCCAAGUGGAACUUAAUAAAAGCAGUUAAAUAGCGCAAUUUUGCACCAAUAAUUGUAUCCAUUUCUUAUUGCAGGGAAGGGAACAACUCAUUGCACUAAUGGCAUUGUUAUUCAACGCAAACCUCUUACUUGUGCCUUACCACUUGAGAUGUCCAUUAAACAGCAUCACCCCAAGGCCCGAUCUAUCACUUGCAUUUCUACCGAUGUACUUCCAUAUCAUUCGGGACCUCGUCAGGGACCUGGUGCACUCGAAAUUGAUGUCAACUCUAUUAUACAAACCUCCUCAGAAAUCGCAGUUCCUGCACGGUUGGUAGACUUUGGCUGGGUACUCUGUAGAAUGCGAAUUGAAGACAACCUUUUCUCAAUAGCAGACAGUCAACGGCAGUUAAUACCAGCGUGGACAGGCUUCAACACGUUACGAAAUGAGAACAGUAUUCCACGUGAAUGCUCCAUUGGCUAUUGUCAAGUAAUUGAAGCCAGUCCCACAGAACUUUCCACAGUUUAUACAGUGCUGCAGAGAUCUUUACAAAUUGCUGACCAGCUCGGACAACAUGAUGUCAUUAUCGUUUUCGAUCAAGCGAUCUACGCAAAGGCUCUUGAGGUGCUGUGGCAAAACAAGGAUCAGUUUCAACGAUUGGUUGUCCGGCUUGGCUCUUUUCACACCAUCUGUGCCUUCCUUGCGGCUAUUGGCAAACGAUUUGGAGAUGCCGGUCUUGCAGAUGUUUUGAUGGAAAGUGGCAUUGUUGCCUCGGGAUCUGUAGCUGGAGUUGUUGAGGGCCGUCACUACAACCGCGCUGUACGUACACAUAAGGUAGACACAGUUUACUUAUGAUGUUAGAUAGCUUAUACGAUGAAGUCUUGAUUUCUACAGACUCAUAAAUCGUUUUUACGUUUAUUUUAGAUUGUGUUUGAAGCAUUGCACCGACUACAAUGGAUGGGUUUCAAAACAUGGCUGCAACGACACGGGCACCAGGUGAACAGCAUGACCCUUGUGAGUGCUUUAGAGGAUAUCCGAAAAGAGUUUAGCCCAGGGAAAUUCAACAGGCUUAUAUCUAUGCCGGAAUUCCAAGUAAUAUUCAAUCUUUACAAGGAAUACUGCAAAGACGACAAUGGUCCUCUUAAAGUGUUUUGGAACAGCUACCUGGAGAUGGUGGAGGUGCUGAUGAAUUUCCUGCGAGCAACCAGGGAAGGAAACUGGUCCUUGCAUCUGGAGUGCAUCAAGGAGAUGGUGCCUUGGCUCUUCGCGUACGACCACAGUAAUUACGCUCGAUAUCUUCCAGUGUACUUGGCCCACAUGAUAACGCUGCCAGAAAGUCGCCCAGAGGCUCACGUUCUCCUGGAGAAUGGUGAUUUUGGGGUUCAGCGAACAACGUCCCAUGGGUUUUCACAGAUGCCUGUAGAUCAAACAAUUGAACAGACUCUCAACAGAAGCACUAAGACAAAGGGAGGCAUUGUUGGGUUCUGCCUAAGGAAAGGGGCGGUUCAGCGAUGGAUGAUUACUGCGCACGCCCGUGCUGCUUUUGUAGACAAGUACCGGAAAAUGAGCACAGGUGAAGAAGAAAGCCAACGUAGACUUCACAAGGAGACAGGUUCUGCUCGCAUGAAAAGAGACGAAGAAGAUGUCAAGAAAGUGACUGAAGUAAUCAGCAACUGGCGUAACCCAUUUGAACCAUCAGAGGAACUUCUCUGCAUCAGCUCGGGGUAUGUUACCAGCGACAGCAUUAAGCAAGACCUGCUGGAGGCAAAAGAGAAGGGAGCAACAGCUUUAACAGCGUUUGUAGAAGAAAGAAUAAUCACAAAUUCAACAGGAAUCUUUGAAACACUCCCUAAACUGAAGCUAGGAAGUUUCCGUGAUACACACAAGAAGACUUCUGUUACAGCAGGAGACAGGAAUGUCAUGAUAAGAGCCGACAGAAACCUUUUUGCCCGCCUGCUUGUCAUUGGACAGAGCCGCCAGAUGGACCUGAGAUGUCUGCUGUCUCAUGAGCUUGGCCCUCUCCCGUGGUCUUUAGCUUUACCCGAUGGCUCAUUAGCCAAGACAAACAAAGUCAGUCUUUCUGUGUUACUCGAAAAUGGUGUAGAAUGCCUACCGAGCUUACCUGAUCAGACUACAGCUGUCAUCAUAGAUGCAAUGGCGAUGCUAUAG